ACCAACCUGGAGGAUCGAAUAUCACGUCCGUCUUUCGCUGCAUCACCCCACUCCUUAUUUCAUCCUAAAAUCGCUGAUUUUUCUGGUAGUCUUAAAGCAGGAAUCUCUUGUUAAACUCGUUUUGUAUUUGACACAUACAGAUUGUUAUUAUGAUACACCUUUUGUACUCCGUAUCAUUUGGCGAAGCCUAGACUGGGGGUUGGGAGGGGAGAAUCAGGUCUUUUGACCCCAACCAUCAUCAUUCCCUGGAUAACGGGCACGGAAGCACCCGACAACCUCAAUUGUUAUUUUCUUUUUCCGACAUCUGCUGUAUAUUGCUUACAUUCUCGUCCAAAGGAAAACACCGUAUGGAUUGAGAUGUGAUGGACCACUUUCAUCAUAUUCCUUAAAGAAGAAAUCAUUUGAUUUUGAUCGCAGCAUUUUAUGUAGUUUAGUGCGUCCAUUCAGAGUAGGCUAUAAUAACAAAACAAGGACUUUGUGUCAUAAUGGAGAGUGUGGAGAAGGAGUGCGGAGCUCUGGGUGGAUUAUUCCAGGCGAUCGUCAAUGAUAUGAAGUGUUCAUACCCGGUGUGGGAAGACUACAUUGCGAAGGCCACAAAACUACACUCCCAGCUAAGGACCACGGUGUUGGCAGCGGCAGCUUUCCUCGAUACCUUUCAGAAGGUGGCAGAUAUGGCAACCAACACAAGAGGGGCUACCAGGGACAUCGGCUCUGCCUUGACCCGGAUGUGCAUGCGGCACCGCAGUAUCGAGGCCAAACUGCGGUACUUCACCAACGCUCUUAUGGAAAAAAUGAUCACCCCCCUCCAAGACAAGAUAGAAGAGUGGAAGAAAACCGCUGCCCUGCUUGAUAAAGACCACGCCAAAGAGUUCAAGCGCUCUAGGCAAGAGAUCAAGAAGAAGUCAUCUGACACGCUAAAGCUGCAGAAGAAAGCUAGAAAAGGUCGGGGAGGGUUACAGCCUCAGCUGGACAGUGCUAUGCAGGAUGUGAGUGACAUGUACUUGCUAAUGGAGGAGACUGAAAAGCAGGCUGUGCGACGAGCCCUCGUUGAAGAAAGGGGGCGCUACUGCACCUUCAUCAAUCUUUUUCAACCAGUAGUGAACGCUGAGAUUUCCAUGCUGGGAGAAGCCACUCACCUCCAGGGCAUCAUUGAUGACCUCACGGUGUUGACCACUGACCCUCAUAAACUACCGGAGGCCAGUGAACAGGUGAUUGUGGAUCUUAAGGGUUCUGAUUACAACUGGUCGUAUCAAACUCCUCCUUCAUCUCCUAGUAGUAUAGGCUCCAGAAAAAGCAGCCUUUGCAGUUUGGUGCAUCUGCCACCCAGUGGCGCCCAUCGCCUGAGCAGCGUUUCCUCUCACGAUUCUGGAUUUGUCUCACAAGAUGCCAACGCACACUCCAAACCUCCCUCUCCUAUGCCAUCUGACAUCACUAGCCAGAAGUCAUCCAGUUCUGCAUCCUCAGAGGCUUCAGAAACCUGUCAGUCAGUCAGCGAGUGUGGCUCUCCCACGAUAUUCGGCUCAUCCUUUGCUACCUUUCGCCCUGCUCACUGUUUUAAUGACUCCAUCAGGGCUCACUCUUACAUUCUUCCUGCGUCCCCCUCCUAUAACCAAUCCCCAGGAUCAAACUCCCCUUCACCCAUAUCAAAGGUUCCUCACUGGAAGCAGGACUGGUCCAAGGCAGGUCAGUAUGAGCAGACAGCCCGACAGCGCAGAACUCAGGCUGCAGAGCCCUCUAGUGGUGUUGGCGGGAAUGGAACAACUCACUCUGAAGGUCCUUACAGGGCAAGACUAAGUUCCAAAGACAUUACCGUAAAGCAUGGUAAACCAACGUCAUCUGCCGCUAGUGAGCUGGCAAUGGUUCUGACUCGAGGACUCAGUAUAGAACAGCAGCAGAAGAGCAGCUGUGACUCUCUGCAGAACUCUAGUGGAUACAGCACACAGAACACUACACCAUCAUGUUCAGAGGACACUAUACCGUCACAGGGAUCUGAAUAUGACUGUUAUUCUAUGAACGGGGAUGCUGAGAAUGAUUCACAGGCAGACUUUGACAAGUCCUCCACUGUCCCUCGCCAUAGCAACCUCGCUCAGAACUACCGGCGUAUGAUCCAGGCCAAGAGGCCUGCCAGCACCGCUGGGCUGCAUGGAGGGCUGGGUGCCCAGGGAGUUUCCACAUCCAAUGGGAAAGCAGGAAGCAGCGUCAUAUCCUCAGGAACGGCUACCAUUCGGAGAACCCCGUCAUCUAAGACGAACGUAAGACGCACACCCUCCAGCGUAGGUCCGAUCCCGAUCCGACCACCUAUUGUCCCCGUAAAGACCCCCACUGUCCCCGACUCACCUGGAUUUCCCAGCCCUCCCUCCGAUCACAACGGAAGCGAGGAAAGCAUUUACAAUGACGGUUCGUUGGAAAUUUUGGACUACAAAGGUUCACCGAAGCGAAUGAGUCUGCCCGGCCCAGCAUGGGGAAGUGGAGUGGAUAGAAGUGUCUAUACGCAGCAACCUGGAGCCGUGGGGUUCAGUUCCGAAGAGGACCAGAUACUCGCCGCCAAUCGGCACAGCCUGGUGGAGAAGAUCGGAGAGCUAGCCGCCAGUGCUCAUGCGCUCGGUGAGGGUCAGUUCCCAUUUCCGAUGGAUCCUGAGCCCAGCCAGGGCCAACAACAGGAUCAAGGACACAAGAAGGAGGGAGAAGACUUAUUGAAGACUAUCCGCAGAGGGGUGCAUCUCAGGAAAGCGGCCUGCAAUGACAGAUCAGCACCGAGGAUCUUGCGGUAGUUCAGUACUGUCUGCUCCUACAGGCCAAUGAAGAGUGAGAAUACAUGUGACCCUGGACAACAAAACCGUCUUAUUGGUCAAUUUUUGGAAAUUGAGAUUUUUACAUCAUCUGAAAGCUGAAUAAUUAAGCUUUUUUAUUGAUGUAUGAUAGGAUAAGAUCUGGUGGAGAUACAACUGUUAAAAAAUCAAAAUAUUGAGAAAAUAGUCUUUGAAGUUGUUAAUCAGAGGCACUGUAGAAGGCCACCCACUCACAAAAACAAAGUUUUUAUAUAUUUACGGUAUGAAAUUGACUAAAUAUCUUCAUGGAACAUGAUCUUUACUUUACGUAUAUGAUUUUUGACAUAAAAAAAUCGACCAUUUUGGCCCAUACAAUGUAUUUAUGGCUUUUACUAAAAAUGUUCCCGUGUACUUGGUUUUGUGGUCCAGGGUCACAUAUGGUCAAAAUAUGAAAAUAUGGUUUAAAACUUAAAAUCUGAUAUGUUAACAACUAGGUCAGAAAUCAAUGUUACAUGUUGAGUGUAUAUGGACUCAUCUUGACUAUAAUUGUUGUUGUAUGUAUAUUCAACAAACUAAUAUCUGUUUCACAGGCAUAUUAUGAUGGCCAUUUUAUGACCUUAAUGAUGAGAAUGUAAUGUUUAAAAUGUGUAUUAAUACUGUAUACUAGUUACACCAGUUGUUCCUUUUUGUAAUUUGUAAUGUUCUUCAUGUUACUUCUAUGUAACUGCUAUUUUAGGAAGCUUCGAGAAAUGUCUCCUCCCACAUGUAAGUGUUGUAAAAAGCCAAAGUCUUGUUCGCAAUUGAAAAGCUGUUUGGAAAAGCACAACAUGGCUUAUACCGCAGCCCAGACUCAGAUGGACCAUACAAUCAAACCACUGCACAUUCUGUAAACUGCCAAAUAAAGCACAUCAGUUGUACUACAGCAGUGGAAAGGUUGUUUUUUGGAAAAAA